AUGAAUACCACAGCUUUGACACUACCGCCGUCCCUCCCUUCCCUCCCAUUGUUUUUAGAGGCUCAGAAAUGGGCCUCUAAAGACCCUGGGAAGAUCGCGAUAAUUGAUAAAAGUAAGGACCUGAGCUUUACAUAUCGCCAAUUACUCAACGAUGUGUCUAUAUUGAAGAGGAGGAUUCUGGCCGAGGUAAAGGUCCAGGAUCUAGAGGAAAGAAGGGUUGCGUUCCUUGUUCCGGCCGGAUAUGAUUAUGUGGUUUGCCAGUGGGCGGUAUGGGCGGCUGGUGGAGUUUGCGUACCGUUGUGCACAUCGCAUCCACCGAAAGAGUUGCUAUAUACAAUCUCGGACUCUGAUCCAUCAUUAGUCGUUCUCCAUACUUCUUUCCAGCACCUGAAACCAUCUUUGCUUGACAACCCCUCCGACGCCAGCUUCAUGGAACUUUCACCCGUUACUGAGAGUAGGGGCUGCACCUCUAUUCCCAACCUUCAUCCAGCAUUCGACCUAUCACGAAGGGCUCUGAUGAUAUAUACAUCUGGCACAACAGCCAACCCCAAGGGCUGCGUCACAACUCAUAAGACAAUAACAUUUCAGGCAACCUCUCUCAUCCAAGCAUGGAAAUACUCCCAGUCUGAUCAUCUAAUCCACGUACUCCCUCUUCACCAUAUCCAUGGUAUUAUAAACGGACUUACAGCGACUCUCCUAAGCGGCGGUAUAGUCGAAAUGUAUGCCAAAUUUGAUCCCCGAGUUGUCUGGGAUAGGUGGAGCAAUCCUGGCUCAUCAACCAUGUUCAUGGCUGUGCCCACAGUUUACUCGCGCCUAGUCGACUACUUUGAUGCCAAUAUUCGAUCAACAGAUACAGAGGCAGCGGCCCGAUCCGGUGCAGGUGCACUAAGAUUAGUAGUCAGCGGUUCCGCGGCUCUACCUACACCAAUUAGGACAAAGUUCCUGGAAAUAAGCGGACAAACAUUGCUUGAACGUUAUGGUAUGACCGAGAUCGGCAUGGGGCUGAGCUGUGGUCUAGACGUCUCACGCCGCAUAGAAGGGAGCGUUGGCUGGCCCCUCCCCGGUGUACAGGUACGUCUAACACAUCGAGAGACUGGAAUCCCCAUCCCUGCCUCCUCGUGUGAUGAAGACGGUAUGAUAGAAAUUAAAGGCGACAAUGUAUUUCUGGAAUACUGGCGACGGCCCGACGCAACCGCCUCGGAAUUUACGAGUGAUGGGUGGUUUAAGACAGGCGAUGUAGCGAGACGUGAUUCAGCGGGUGCUUACUAUAUUCAGGGCAGAGCGUCAGUGGAUUUAAUCAAGAGCGGAGGAUAUAAAAUAUCUGCAUUGGAGGUGGAGAGGAAGAUGCUUGCGUUGGAAGAGGUGCAGGAGGUAGCUGUGGUGGGGAUUGCUGAUAACGAAUGGGGCCAACGUGUCGCUGCUGUUGUUAAGCAGAGGGAAGGCACCACAACGCUGGAGCUGCAUAGUCUCCGCGCAAAGCUGAAGUCUGAAAUGGCUACGUAUAAGAUACCAAGUGUCCUAAAACUUGUUGACAGUAUUGAGAGGAACGCCAUGGGUAAGGUGAAUAAGAAAAUGAUUGUGAAGAAGUAUUGGCCAGACCUCGCAUGA